AUGACUGACCUUCCCCGUCUCACCCACGUGAUCUCCCGGUAUAUAAGCGUGCUUGGCCGGCGGAAGGGUACCAGUUCUCUCCUCGACUUGGUCAAGGCAAAGGCUGUUGGAUCCCCCGCCAUCAUGAAGUUUGUGGUGUUACUGGCGCUGUUGGGCCUAGCGAGCUGUAACCUUAACAGUGGCGGUCAUUUCGGCAAGGACGUGAAGAUCCAAUACACCUUCGAGGAUCACGACGGCGAUGAGGUGAAGGUGGAGGAGCAGCACGAUCGCCUGCAGGUGGUCCGCGCGCCGGACUUCAGGGCCGCCGCUCGCGCCGAGGCAAAAACUCCCAAGAGGAAGGUCGCCUUCGUGGACGACAUUGACGACGAGGACGUCCGCUUCGUCCCUGCAAGCGCCCCCGUUUCCAGGCCAAGGAGCCGCCUCGUCGAAGCCGCCCCCGCCCCGCUCCCGAAACCCAGGGUACAGACCCAGUACGUAGAGGUGAAGGCCGUCCCCGCCCUCGCCGUCGGCCCUCGGGUAGAGGAACACCUCGUCGAAGUGGAGGCAGCUCCCCUCCGUCCACUGCGACCCCGGGCGGAAGCGAGAUUCGUGGAGGUCGAGGCGGUGCCCCUCCCCCUCCUGCGUCCUCGGGUGGAAACCCGCUUCGUAGAGGUCGACGCCGUCCCCGCCCCUGCGUCGCGUCCCCAGGUCGAAGCCCGCUACGUGGAAGCCCUCCCUGGCCCGCCGCCCAGGCUGGAGGCCCGCCUCGUUGAGGUCGAAGCCCCUAAGUUCAGGUCUCGCAAGGUCGACCUCGACGACGACGACUUCGGCCCGCUGCUGGUCAGAGCUGCCCAGCCCGUCGCGGCCUCUGGUCCCCCGCCUGCCAGGCCGCAGCCUCUGGCCGCCGCGCGCUACUCAACGCCUGCUUUCGACCGCGUCUCCGCCCGCCUCGCCCACAGGGUCUCCGACAGCAGCGACGAAAACUAAGCGGGGGACGAGGGUGACCUGAGGGAUACUUUAGGCUUUAAGGGAUGUCUAUUUGAAUAAAGUUCCUUAUAUAUGAAA